ACUACUACCAGUGCCAACUAUUUAAAUCCCUCGUGAAACCUUUGCACUGAAUCCUUAGUCCCCACAUCUAUUCCUCUUGUCGCCCAAACACCAGUACUCGUGUUCAACAUGCCAGUUCCUGUCCUAGUCGAACCCCUCGCUGACUAUACUGCCUCCGCCCCGAUUGUGAAGCCCUCCGUGAAAACCGCGUUUCUACUUCAAGUUGCAUCCCCGACUCCGAACGCGAGCUGUAACACACCCAAUUGCGAGGAAGGGUUCAUAAAAUUAGCACUCGUCCCAGCAGCUGAACAUGUAUCAAACUGGUUGGACAGUGUCCUGAGACCAGUCCUGCAACUAGUUCAAGGACAAGAAGCGUCAGAGUCCAAUCCGAGUGGAGCCUCCCCUAUGUCUGUUUUCAAGGGCCACCGAAGCGGUCCCGCUGUCACGUCGAACUUGGGCUCCGGAGCUCGAAACCCAUUCGUGUUCUCCACCUUUCUGGAUUCCCCGAGCUCGAAUAGCAACAGCACGAGACGCACGUUUUUGCUCGGGUUCGACAUCUUUCAAAUACACGGCGCCAUUGACCUUACUGCUCACACGUUGACCAAUGGAACUCUCAUAGUUGUGGUCCCGGUAUUUGGCCCGCUCCGUCUGACCGAGACUAUUGGAGGCAGCCUCGACGAUCAUAACAUCAAAGUCAAACUUCCUUCUACGACAAACGUGAAUGGAAGUUUCACUCUCUCGUUGGACUCGAAGGGUGAAAACCUCUUGAUCGAUUAUAACAUUGAUGUCAGGUUUGCGGGUACCUUCCAAGGUAGUGGCGUGACAGUGGUAUCCGUUCAAGCUUCACCUCCACCAUCCACGACGUUAUCCUAUCCCGUAGAAAUCUCCGAGCUUGCCGUCAAGAAAACUGAUGUGUUAACUAUCUCUUUCGCCGACCUAACGAAGCAUGCGGACCUCAGCUACGAGAAUUCUGUCUUUGAUAGCUUCAUUGAAAAUCACUUUGACGAACAACACAAGCACAUCAUCGUCGACCAGAAAGGAGGCAUGAACACAAGGGGAUACAACUUCCGCAUCAGCUUUCUCGACAUAUACGAGUUGCAAGGGCACUUGAAUCUGCACACAAAACACAUUGUUGCGACGCUUUACCUCGUGGUGCCUAUCUGGGGUCGUAUCAGUGCGGCUGCCAUCUCUGGAAGCUUGGCAAACGACCUCACAGCGGAUAUCAAUCUUACCAGGCCAUGGGUUGAAAAUCCCAAUUGCUGCGUCCCAGUGCAACUUCCUGCCCUUGCCCAAGGCUCAAUCACGCUGUCGAUUCAAGAUCAGAUUCUCUGGGCUAAAGUAUCUACCUUGGUCAGAUUUGCAGGAUUUAUCAAUGAAACUGUGCCUUUGGUCACCCUUCCCGAUGUCCUUGUUAGCUCGUGGGUUCAUCUUGUGUGGAUUCAUGGCGUGCCCUGUGGCAGCGCUGUAUCAUCUUGGAUAGUUGAGAAAAAUGGAACAGUCAAGUUCACUGUUGAGAUAGCCUGA